UGGAAUUCGAAAAAAAAAAAAUGAAGCUAUGAUUAGUUUAUCAUUUUCGAAGUUCUCGAUCGGUUCUCUCGCUUUGUUCCCGAUUCCGAUUCGCCUUGUCUCCGAUCACUUUCCCAGAAAAAGAAAAAUGCUGCCCCUUCAAAAGCUCGCGAGCCUCUCCGCUCCUCCUCCGCCGAGAACCGAAGCCCGCGGCACGACCCCAGCCCCCCCUCCGCCGCCGCCGCCGCGCUGCUGCUUCGGCGCUCCGGGAGCGAUCUCCGCCGCCGCCGAUCGCAGCCGGAGCUUGGCCGCGAAGGCGAAUCGGGAGCUGAGCCUGAGCUCCGGGAUGGCGACGAGGUUCGAGCACAGCAAUGGGGUGCGGAAAGGGGCCGAGGCAGUGCGAGCUCAACACAUGGAUUCCGAAGGCUCUCAGGACCCUCGUCUCGCCAAGAUCGCCUCUUCCAUCCGCGUCAUCCCAGAUUUCCCCAAGCCAGGGAUUAUGUUUCAGGACAUAACGACUUUGCUUCUUAAUACUGAGGCGUUUAAGGACACUGUUGAUCUGUGUGUUGAGAGGUACAGAGAGAAGAACAUCUCCGUUGUUGCAGGUAUUGAAGCAAGAGGAUUUAUUUUUGGCCCUCCCAUUGCAUUGGCUAUUGGUGCAAAAUUUGUCCCAAUGAGAAAACCCAACAAAUUACCUGGGGAAGUCAUCUCAGAGGAGUAUUCGUUGGAAUAUGGAACAGACACAAUGGAGAUGCAUGUAGGAGCUGUGCAACCAGGGGACCGUGCCUUGAUAGUAGAUGACCUUAUAGCCACGGGUGGAACAUUGUGUGCAGCAAUCAAGCUUCUUGAGCGUGUUGGGGCGACCGUGGUUGAAUGUGCAUGCAUCAUUGAAUUACCGGAGCUAAAGGGUCGAGAUCGGUUGGGUGACAAGCCACUAUUUGUUCUGGUAAAGUCGGAUAUUUAGAACGUGAUGGCAGUGAAGCACCAACUUAUAUUCAGAUCAGCGAACCAUUCCCUUGAGCUGGAGAUUAUUAAAGAUCGCUAGAUCCAGUGGAUGUUUCGCCAGUAAUAAAAAUUUUAUUCUACCUUUCGGCGAGGAGGUAUGAUUUGGCUAGUUUUCUUUUCUUUUCUGUUCUUGCGAUUGUUGUUUCCCGCUUGCUUUCUCCCAUGAGAACUUGUGGGGAGCUCAAGGUUGGAGGAACCUGGGACAUGCACAAGAGUCCCGAGGAAGAUGACCAUAAUUCAUGUCUGAUUAUGUUGUGUAAACUCGCCUUUCGAUUUAAACAGCUCUGCUCUGCUUGUGAUUGAAUUAUCAUGUGGACAUGAAGAUGCGAGCUUCUUCCUUUUAUAUGACUGUUUAAAUGAUAUUUAAUUUGAUCAUGAUCUCAUCUUUCUGCUAAGAUGAGAACAAUUCAUCAUA